CAUUAUUAUAAAUUUCUUUUAUUGUAGAUCGUAAAAUUAUUAUUUAAAAUGAGUAGUAAUAGAAAGAAAAAAUAAAUUGAGGUUCUAAAUGUAUCAAUUUGGCGGGCAAUAUACAUUUUAUCUAUAUCCAUUGAAUACACUACUUCUAAUCUGAUAUUCCGUUUUAAAAUAAGAUUAUUGAACGGAAAAUAACGUAACAAUGAAUGUUGAUUUACCUUAUUCUGUUGAAUAUGCAAAAAGUUCGCGAUCUUCUUGUAAAAAUUGUAAGAAUUCUAUUCAGAAAGAUUCCUUAAGACUUGCCGUUAUUGUUCAGAGUCCUGUUCAUGAUGGAAAGAUACCAAAUUGGUAUCAUCCACCUUGUUUUUUUACAAAACAAAGACCAAAAACUACUGCAGAUAUUGCUAAUUUUGAUAAUAUUCGUUGGGAAGAUCAAAAAGAACUUCAAAAGAAAAUUGAAGAAUCGAUUAAUCUUCCAUUACCUGCAUCUGGAAGAGGAAAAAAACGUGGAAGUACUUCAGCUAAAAAUAUAGGUCCAUUACGUGAUUUUGUAGUUCAAUAUGCAAAAUCUAACAAAUCAACAUGUAAAGCUUGUGAGGAAAGAAUAGUACAAGGAGAAAUUAGGAUAUCAAAAAAAGAUUUUGAAAGUGAACAAGCUAGAAGAUAUGGUGGUAUAGACAAAUGGCAUCAUCUUGAUUGCUUUAUCAAAGUAAGAGAAAGUUUACAAUUUUAUGAAAGUGGUGAUGCACUUCCUGGCAAAGAAGAUCUUUCCAAAGAGGACCAAAAAAAGCUUAAAGAUGCUUUACCAAAGAUUAAAUCAGAUGAUGCUCCACCAAUUAAAAAAAUUAAAGAUGAACCAAUAGAUGUAAAAGAAGAAGAAGAAAUGAAAAAACAAAAUGAUGAAUUAUUUUCAAUUAAAGAUAUAUUAUCCUCUAUAAAAAAAUCUGAUCUCAUUGCUAUGUUGGAAAAAAAUGAACAACAAAUUCCAGAAGGUGUAUCUACAAUAAUAGAUCGUUUAUCAGAUGCUAUCUAUUUUGGAGCUUUAAAGCCAUGUCCAAAAUGUAGUGGACAGUUUGUAUAUCAUUCUGGCAUUGGAUACAAAUGUACUGGAGAUUUAACAGAAUGGACUAAAUGUGAAAAUAUCACACAAGAUCCUAAAAGAAAAAAAUUCAUAAUAUCAUCAGAUUUAAAAGAAUCAUAUCCAAGUCUCAAAUCUUUGAAAUGCAAAGUUAAGAAACGACUUAUAAAGAUAUCUAUACCCUCAACAUCUAAUUUAAUAAAAAAAGAAGAUGAUAUUGAUUCUGGACCCAAAGUUGAUGCAAAACCUAGACCAUUAAAGCACAUGCAAUUUGUUAUUAUAGGUCAUACAGAAAAACAUAAAGAUACUUUGAAAAAAGAAAUUUUACAUUUAGGUGGAGAUGUAAUAUCAAAACUUCAUGAACAUGUGACUGCUGUUAUAUCAACACAACAUGAAAUAGAUAAAAUGAGUAAAAAAAUGGAAGAAGCUAAGAAUUUUAAUAUUCAAAUUAUUACUGAAGAUUUUGUUGAGGAAGCUAAAGAGUAUACGAAAUCUGCUGUAUCACUUAUUAAAAAAAAAACUAUUUCAAGUUGGGGUGGUAACUUAUCUGAUAGAAUUAAUGUUAUUGCAGAAAAAUCUAAUGCUUCAAAAAGUAAAGGUAAAAGUAUAUAUGAAAAGUCAGGAUCUGGCAAAAUGAAAUUACAAUUAAAAAAAGGUGAAACUGUUGAUCCACUUAGUGGUUUACAAGAUUCUGCACAUGUAUAUCAAGAGGGUAAAAAUAAAUAUACAGUUACAUUGAUACUUUCAGAUAUACAAACUAAAAAAAAUAGUUUUUAUAAGUUACAAAUUUUAAAACAUGAUAAAAAAAAUCAGUAUUGGUUAUUUAGAAGUUGGGGUAGAAUAGGAACAACUAUUGGUGGUUCAAAAUUAGAUAAUUUAGCCUUAGAGGAAUGUAUACAACAAUUUGAAUCAUUAUAUGAAGAAAAAAGUGGAAAUUGUUGGAGUCAAAGAGAAUAUUUUGUUAAAGUACCUCAUAAAAUGUAUCCAGUUGAUAUUGAUUAUGGAGAUGAAAUGUCAACAAAAAUAUUAGAAUCUGACAUUAAAAGUGAAUUAGAACCACCAAUUCAAGAUUUAAUGAAACUGAUUUUUAAUGAAGCAAACAUGAGAAAAGCAAUGGUAGAAUUUGAAAUUGAUAUAGAGAAAAUGCCACUUGGGAAAUUGUCUAAAAAACAAAUUCAAAAAGCAUAUUCAGUAUUAACAGAUCUACAAGAAGUAUUAAAAAAAAAAAAUUUCGAUUCAGUUCAAUUGGUUGAUGCAUCUAAUAGAUUUUAUAACUUAAUACCUCAUAAUUUCGGAAUAUCCGAACCUAAAAUUUUAAAUACAAUGGAAGAAAUUCACUCUAAAUGCGAAAUGUUAGAUGCAUUACUUGAAAUGGAGAUUGCUUAUUCACUUUUAUAUGCUAAAACAGAUACAACAAAGAAUCCACUUGAUGCUCAUUAUAAGCAAUUAAACACUGAAAUUAAAAUAUUGGAUAAAGAAAAUGAAGAGUAUAAAGUUAUUAAACAAUAUGUAGAAAAUACUCAUGCAAAGACUCAUACACAAUAUGAACUUGAAAUUGAAGAUAUAUUUAUUAUUAAAAGACAAGGCGAGGAUAAUAGAUAUAAACCAUUCAAGAAACUACAUAAUAAGAAGUUACUUUGGCAUGGUUCUAGAACAACUAAUUUUGCUGGUAUACUUUCUCAGGGCUUAAGAAUAGCUCCACCAGAAGCUCCUGUUACUGGUUAUAUGUUUGGUAAAGGUAUAUACUUCGCAGAUAUGGUUUCUAAAUCUGCGAAUUAUUGUUGUACAAAUAGUGAAAAUCCUACAGGAUUGUUAUUGCUUUGUGAAGUGGCAUUAGGUAAUAUGUAUGAGAGAUUUCAUGCAGAUUAUAUCGAGAAAUUACCGAGUGGCAAACAUUCAACAUGGGGUCGUGGUCAGACACAACCUGAUCCUGAAAAUAUUUAUAAAAUGAAAGAUGGUGUUGAAGUUCCAUAUGGUGUCUCUGUAUCUGUUAAAUUACCAAAAAAAUCAGACUUAUUAUACAAUGAAUAUAUUGUAUAUGAUAUUGCUCAAGUAAAAGCGCGAUAUUUAUUGAAAAUGAAUUUCAAAUAUAAAAAUUAAUAUUUUUUUAAAUAUUGAAAAUAUUAAAAAAUAUAAAAACACAUACUUAUAUUCAAUAUAAUUCAUCUUAAAUCUAUUCUAUUAGUAAUAUUAGUUUCGAUAUUAUUUUUAAAAAUAUGAUGUAUUAAUUUUUUUUUAUACAAAUGAACAAUAAAUUUAAAUAA